ACUCUUCCUUCUUCGUACGCCGUGGCCAUAUCCGCCCUUUGCCACCAUCAGGACCAAUUCAUAGCGGCGGAAUUUUCAGUGGAUUCAUGCAUUCGGUGCUGCCGGAGACCGAUUGAACUUUGAUUUGCGGGGAACGGUGAAGAGACGAGGGAGAACGAGUGAAAAUCGCGUCGCAUUUGGGAGAGUUGUUGAGAGUGCAGUUUUUUUGUGAGGUUUUUGGAAAGGAGAGAGAGAGGGAAGUCGGAUGCCUGGGUGUUUGGUUUUGCUCAAGUAGACCAUCCGCAUUGUGGAGUUGAGACUUCGGCCUAUCUGUUUCCUGUGGAGAUUUGGAGUGCCGAGGAGUUUAACUUUAGAUGAAAUGGUUCAGAGACUUGGAAGAGUGGACUGAGACUCUUUUGAAAAUCCAUUACUAGAAUUUCGGUGGACACUGCUUGUUGAAGUAUUUGUGGUCUAGGAACUUGUGUUUUUCAUGUUGGCGGGGAUCGAGGAAGGAGAACAUAUCGUGGAAUUGUGGUAAUCAGGACGUCCUGGCAGGGAGUAGAAAGAUUAAGUACGGUUAGUUCAACAGAUCUCGUGGAAGCGAAAAGGUUGGAUCCGGAUUUGAGAUUUGUGAGGCAAGGUUGGAGAAAUGGCGGGCGCGGCAAUCCUUCGGUCUGCUCAAAGUGCAAUCGUAGGAACUGUAGCAUGCAGCAGCUCACAACAGAAGCAUUCUGUCAAUCAGCUUGCAGCGCCUCCUUGUUCCUUCUCCGUGUCCUCGUUCCUGCAUGCUGGAAUCUGCAGCCCACUCCGUAAUGAUGCUCGGUCCUCAACAUGGUGCAGACGUGUGUCGAAGCCGAACGUCGUGGAGUCUCUGUUUGUGGAGACUACCGAGGAAAGUGUGGAAUCGCCGCCUGCACAGAAGCCCUCUGUCCAAGCUCGUUCUGUAGUAUCACUCAUUCUCGGUGGGGGAGCGGGAACUCGGCUGUUUCCUCUGACCCAUAGAAGAGCCAAACCAGCUGUGCCGAUUGGAGGAGGAUAUCGACUGAUUGAUGUUCCUAUGAGUAACUGCAUCAACAGUGGCAUCAACAAAAUCUUCAUUCUUACUCAAUUCAAUUCGGCUUCACUAAACCGGCAUUUAGCCAGAACGUACACUUUUGGAAAUGGAGUUAACUUCGGGGAUGGGUUCGUUGAGGUGCUGGCAGCCACGCAGACACCUGGAGAGGCUGGUAUGAAUUGGUUCCAGGGUACGGCCGAUGCAGUCCGACAGUUUACGUGGCUUUUUGAGGAUGCUAAGAAUAAGCAAGUUGAGCAUGUGCUUAUUCUUUCUGGAGAUCACUUGUAUCGCAUGGACUAUAUGGAUUUCAUUCAGAAGCACAAGGACAGCGGAGCUGAUAUUACUAUUUCUUGUGUGCCCAUGGAUGAAAGCCGUGCUUCGGACUACGGAUUGAUGAAGAUUGAUGACAAGGGCCGAGUCCUUUACUUCAACGAAAAGCCUAGGGGAGUAGACCUGGAGUCCAUGCAAGUGGACACUUCCGUAUUAGGCCUGUCGCCUGAAGAAGCGAAGAAGAUGCCAUACAUUGCAUCCAUGGGUAUAUAUGUGUUUAGAAAAGACAUUCUGCUGAAGCUCCUAAGAUGGCGAUACCCAACAUCCAAUGAUUUCGGGUCAGAGAUCAUUCCUGCAGCAGCAAAAGAAUACAAUGUUCAGGCAUAUUUGUUCAACGACUACUGGGAAGACAUUGGAACAAUCAAGUCUUUUUUUGACGCUAACUUGGCACUGGCAGCGCAGCCUCCUAAAUUCAAAUUUUAUGAUGCGACAAAACCAAUCUUCACAUCACCCCGCUACCUCCCGCCGACGAAAGUGGAACAAUGCAGGAUCAUCCACUCAAUUGUGUCUCAUGGAUGCUUCUUACGGGACUGUAAAGUGGAGCAUUCAUUAAUCGGACUUCGAUCUCGGCUUGAAUCUGGUGUUGAAGUGAAGAAUACAAUGAUGUUAGGUGCAGAUUUCUAUGAAACAGAUGAGGAGCGAGUUGCCUUGAUCGCUGCAGGCAAAGUGCCCAUGGGGAUUGGCAAGAACACCACUAUUAAGAACUGUAUAAUUGAUAAGAAUGCGAAGAUAGGGAAGAACGUCGUCAUUGCCAACACAGAUACUGUCUUUGAGGCAGACAGAGCCAAAGAAGGUUUCUACAUUCGCUCAGGCAUUGUUGUGAUAGCCAAAAACGCUACAAUCAAGGACAACACAGUGAUUUGAAGUGAUAGGACUCACUGAUCUUUUCCAGAUUGCCUUUUCUCUUCGCAUCCUAUUCAGCUUUUUCUCAUCUUUCUAAUGACACUACAUAUCCGCAUUGUUAUGGUGUGGGGGAAGUUUGUUGAGCUCAAUUUUGAAAAUUUUGGGGCAGUGCGGAAGGAGAGGGAUGCAUGUGUUGAAGAAAGUAGAUUUGAAGGUGUUCUACCUGAAUAUUUAUACGCGACGGCAACUGCAAUUAGCCUUGUGGGGCUUGACUUGGACGUAGAACCAACAGAAGCGAACCAUUGGUGUGCUUUACUGUAGGCUGCAAGAAGAGAAAAAGAAUUAUCUUUUAGGUUUCUUUGUAAAACAGAUAGUUCCUUUUGGGUACGGUUUAACUUACAGCCCCUGCUAUGUAUCACUUUCGCAGCAUUGAAGUGCCGUUCUACUGUAUUUACCACUAACUAAAAACCAAAGAAACUUCUUGGAUUCUGAAUAUAUUUUUGAAUCA